AUGUUAGCGCGCGGUGCCACAACAUGGUCUCCCAGUGGGAAGAGAGCAGCAGCAGAGAUGAACGCAGGAAAAACAAGUAGAAUUGUAGCUCUGCACCUCUUCAUUCAGAUUGCAACUACAACCAAACUGGUGUGUUAUUUCACCAACUGGUCACAGUACAGAACUGGUGCGGGGAAAUUCCUGCACGUAAAUGUGGAUCCCUUCCUGUGCACUCACCUGGUUUACGCCUUUGCAAUCCUCGACCACGCCAAUGAGAUCGCAGAGUAUGAGUGGAACGAGAAAAGCCUCUACAGACCAUUCACUGAGCUCAAGAACAGAAACUCCAAACUGAAGACUUUACUGUCAGUCAGAGAGGAGAGCGACGGAUCUCAGUUCUCCAUCAUGGUGUCCACUCCUGCCAACCGUAACACAUUCAUCCAGUCCACAAUCAAAUUCCUGAGGACUCAUGGAUUUGACGGGUUGGAUCUGGCCUGGGAGCAUCUUGGUGCUGAUGGAAGUCCUUCAGAGGACAAACAGAGGUUCACGCUGCUCUGUAAGGAGCUUUCAGAGGCCUAUGAAGCUGAAAGUAAAGGAAGCAGGAACACACAACUCAUUCUCUCUGCAGCUGUGGCAGCACAUUCGGAUGUCAUUGAUGCGGGAUAUCAAAUCGCUGAUAUGUCAAAGUACUUGGACUUCAUCAGUGUUAAAGCGUUUGACCUCCAUACUGUUCCAGAUGGAGUGACAACCCACCACAGUCCACUCUACACUGAAAACAAUGCUAACAUAGUAAUUAGACUUUUUUUACGUACAGAUUAUGUAAUGCAGUACUGGUUGGAGCGAGGAGCCCCAGCACGGAAGCUGUUGCUGGGUUUUCCCACCCACUCUCGUUCUUUCACACUUUCCAGCGCUGUCACAGGCCUGGGAGUUCCAUUCAGUGGCCCUGCUGCCCCAGGGCCCUACACCCAACAGAGUGGCAUCUGGUCUUACUAUGAGACCUGCUCUUUCCUGAAAGGCACCGCAGUGCAGUGGAUUGACAGUCAGAAAGUUCCCUACGCUGUCAAAGGUAAUCAGUGGGUGGGCUUCGAUAACCAGCAGAGCUAUGAUGCCAAGGUGGAAUAUCUGAAGAGCAGGCAGCUGGGGGGAGCUGCUGUCUGGACACUGGACAUGGAUGACUUCUCUGGACAGUUCUGUGAACAGGGCAAAUAUCCAUUGACAUCACAUCUAAAACAUGAACUCAGUGGAGACCGGAAGCAGUUGAGCAGCACCCGGAGUAAGUAG